UCUGUUUGUCAACAAAAAGAGGGGAAAAAUCGCGGACUUUUUUUCGUUGAUUUUUAAGGAAUCGUGCCUUCAAAAAUGAGUAGUCAACCUCAAAGACCGUUUAAGGAGAGAAAGAGCUUCUCGUCCAGAAAACGCGAUUCCGAAAGCAUUUGCAAACAAUAUCCCGAAAAAAUUCCUGUUAUCGUCGAGCGACUCAAAUCAGAAAAGAACUUACCGUUGUUGGAUAAAAUAAAAUACUUGGUGCCCAGUGAUUUGACGAUGAGCAGUUUAGCGAGUAUAAUCAGAAAACGGCUGCAGCUUGGUCCUACACAAGCAUUUUUCCUCCUUGUAAAUGAAAAGAACAUGGUCAGCAUUUCGACAACUGUUGGUGAGGUGUACAGAGAUGAGCAUGAUGAAGAUGGCUUCUUGUACAUGGUGUAUGCUUCACAGGAAACAUUUGGAUAGAAUAAUUACAUGAUGAGACUUUGAGAAUGCAAAAUAGUGACUCUAUUGGUGAAACUCUGCUAAUCAUCACAUGAAUAAUAAUUUGUACAAAAGAACUGACUUUCUGAAUGACAGCAUAUGGUGGUCAGUGUUUGACCACUUUUGGGAACAGAUAAUGAUAUUUAGUGUGAAGACUUUUAUCAGACUGGUUAAACCCCAGUGAUAGAAUACACAUACUUACAGACCUGAUAGUUGCUUACUAACUGAUAGUUGCAAGUUAUUUUUAAGGCAUAUGUGUAAACAUAGAAAAUUAAUUUAUGUAUUCUGAAUGUGUGCUUAACAGAGUUUCACAAAAGGAAGGUCAAUUUUACAUUUUCAGAUACUGAUUUUCCACUACCAUUGGAGCAGGGGAGAGUAUUGGCUUUGUACAGGUUUACGACAAAAAACUGUCAUGUCAUACAAUGAAUCAAAAUAUGGCAACCAAUUUGAAUAACUAUUGUUCUGCACUGACUAGUGACUAACUACCCUCGUGAUCACAUGGAAAUAUAAAAGCAUUUUCACAUGUAUGAGAGGCUAGUCAGUCGCUAGUCAGUGCAGAACAAUAGUUAUUCAAAUUGGUUGCCGCAUUUCCAUUUGAUGUAUAUUAUAAAUCAAUUUUUACGACAUUUUAGAAAUAACAUUUUAAUCACUAAUUUGUGUUGCAGUUAUUAAUGUAUACAGCAAUUGUUGUUAUGUGUUAAUAAUAAUGGAACACAGUCAUCUCAGAGAAGGGCUAGAUUUAGGUUUUAUGGCCACUUUCUCUAAAACUCAUUUGUACAUACUGUAAGGUGUGGUAAAUUGUAUGUAAAAUUUUUAAAGUUAAAUGAAACAAAAACAAUAAUAAAAUACUUUACAUCUAAUAAUUUAUAAUGAUUUAUAGACUAAGUGUUACUUGAGUGAAAUAAAUUUACAGAAUUAAACCAAACAACAAAUGAAAAAUAUA